AUGUUUCAGAGUAGCUGUGCAGUGCGAGGCUUCAUUCUGCUGCCAAGUCAGCUGCAGCAGGACGGGGUGUGUGUGCAGCUGUGGCAGUGUGACUGUGUGGACUCACUGGGGCAGAUUUGGGUGGCCGGCAGCACACAUCAGGUGGACUGCAACAACUGCACCUGCUCUGACGGACAGCUGCUCUGCAGCAACGACAGCUGCCAGGCUGCCUGUGUGUGGAGCUCCUGGUCCAGCUGGGCUCCCUGCAGUGUUUCCUGUGGACAGGGCCAGAGAACCAGAUACAGGUCUCUGACCCCAGACACCGAGGGAACACGUUGCCACUUCGAGGAGGUCCAGCACCGACCCUGCAGUCCAGGAACCUGCCCGCCUCUCUGUCUCCUUGACAACCAGACGCUCAGUGUGGGUGACACCUGGCUGCAAGGAGAAUGUAAACAAUGCACGUGCACGCCAGAGGGCGUUUUCUGCCAAGACGUCGACUGCAGAGUGGACGGUGCUUGGACCCCCUGGUCGGUGUGGUCUGACUGCUCGGCGACUUGUGGUCGGGGCGCACACGUUCGAACCCGCGCCUGCAUCAACCCCCCACCACGAAACAAUGGGUCUCACUGCAGUGGGCCAGAGAAAGAAACACAGGACUGUCAGACCCCUCCCUGCCUGGAUGACCUUUGCCCUUGGUCUCCUUGGUCACCGUGCUCCCAGACGUGCGGGGCGGGGUCUGUAUCACGACACAGGGCGUGCGUGUGCGAGCAGGGAGGAGAUGCGGCGUGUCCCCCUGAGAUCGAGGCCGAGAGGAACCGUGUGGAGACGCAGCUGUGCUACAAACAGCCCUGUCCAGGCUGUCCCAUGUCAGCGUGGAGUGUUUGGUCUCCGUGUUCCUGUGCGUCCCAGAGGCAGCAGCGUUACCGUGUAGCGCUCUCGUCGCCCACCAGGGGUCAACAGUGCACUCCUGUGGAGACGCAGAGCCGGGCGUGCGGUCUCAGCCGCUGUGAUGACGUCUGCGAAGCCCCGUUUGUGUACUCGCCGUGUGGCGCUCCCUGUGAGAAGCAGUGUGAACUGCUCGGCCGUGAAGAUCUGUGUGUGGGCGUCAGCGAGUGCACACCUGGCUGUUACUGUCCACAGGGCCUGCUGCAGUAUAACGGGAGCUGUGUUCCUCCAGAGGAAUGUGGCUGCAUCCACCUGCAGCACCAGGCUGCAGGAGAUCCACCCACACCUGUCACCGUCCCACAGGGCGCCACGGUCACCAUAGGCUGCAGCACCUGUCUUUGUCACGACGGCAGUUUGCAGUGCGACACGAGAGAAUGUGAAGUCGUCCUCAGCGAGUGGUCGGCCUGGACUCGGUGCUCUCCCUGCGUGCUGCAGCACAACAGCUCGCAGAUGGUGUCGAUCCAGAGGCGCUUUCGAGCCUGUUUGGACCUGGAUUCUGGUCUUCCAGUCUCUAAAGAGGAGGAGAGCCAGUGUCCAGGACUGCUGGUGGAGGAGAGGCCAUGUCCAGAUGCUAACAUCUGUAGAGAUGUGUGUCAGUGGAGUGGGUGGAGUGCUUGGACAGCGUGUGCUGAGCCGUGCAGCGGUGGAGUCAGGCAACGCUACAGACAGCCCCUGGCCUCUCCUGCAGGACCCCAGUGUAGGAGCCAAGAGACGCAGACCCAAGGAUGCAACACGGCCCUCUGCCCAGCCUCUCCUGCAGGACCCCAGUGUAGGAGCCAAGAGACGCAGACCCAAGGAUGCAACACGGCCCUCUGCCCAGGUGAGCGCUGUGAGGACAGGGAUCGAGCCUACCAGGACAGCUGUGCCAACAAGUGUCCUCGCAGCUGCACUGACCUGUGGGAGCAUGUGCAGUGUCUCCAAGGAGCCUGUCACCCGGGUUGUCGGUGUCCAGAAGGACAGCUGUUGCAAGAUGGCCGCUGCGUGCCAGUAACAGAAUGUCGUUGUGGUAUCCCGUCAGGCAACGGGACGCUGGAGUUCAUCCCUGAUGAGGAGUUUCCUGUGGACUGUAACACCUGUGUGUGUGAGAACGGCACCGUGGUGUGCUCCCAGCUUCCCUGUCCAGUCUAUGAGCCCUGGAGUCCGUGGAGCGCCUGCUCGGCUUCGUGUGAGCGAGGCCGGAGAACCAGGACGCGCCGCUGCCAGGACACCGAGGGCGGCCCGCCCUGUGCCGAAAUCACGCAGACAGAAAUCUGUGACCUGCCAUCGUGUCCAGCGGGUUGUUUGCUGAGUGAGUGGUCAGCCUGGAGCGAGUGCAGCGCCUCCUGUGGCGGCGGGUCGUCAUUGCGGAACAAGACGGUCCUUCGAGAGCCAGAGCCCGGCGGGACGGCCUGCGUCGGGCCGCUUGAACAGCACGUUGUCUGUAACACCAACAGCUGCCUGCCCGAGUGUCCCGGCACGCAGGUGUCCAGCGACUGUUCAGCUUCCUGUCCGUAUACCUGCCAGGACUUGUGGCCACACACUCAGUGUUUACCUGGACCCUGCACGCCGGGGUGCACAUGCCCUCCUGGACAGGUGUUGCACAGGGGCGACUGUGUGCCUCGCGCUGACUGUCCCUGUUCACCGCUCUCUUUGCCGGAUGAUUUUCAAAGCGGGAAUGUCAGCUCCGAGUCCUUCACGGAAGCUCUGCUGCCACCGGGAGCGGCCGUCCAGCACCUCUGCAACACAUGCUUGUGCCAAGGUGGAAAGUUCAACUGCACCUCAGAGCCCUGUGAGGUGGACUGCCAAUGGUCCACAUGGUCCCAGUGGAGCCCUUGUUCAGCCAGCUGUGGUGCAGGACAGCAGAGCUCCAUCAGAUUUGUACUGGAGCCCAACCAGUAUGGAGGGGCUCCAUGUGAAGGCCCUAACCUCCGCACAACAACCUGCAUCGCCCCUGACUGUGCGUGUCCUGAUGGGGAGCAGUGGAGGAGGACGACAUCAGACGGGAUCCUGCUGUGUGAGAGGAGCUGCCAGGACAUUUAUUCCUCCUCUCCUGUCAACUGCAGCCACUCUGCUGAAGGCUGCGUCUGUCAGGAGGGGCUUUACCGAAACCCGGAGGGCGCGUGCGUCAUCCCUGCCCUCUGCCCUUGCCAUGACCGGGGCGUCCUGCGGGAGGCUGGAUCAGAGUGGGAGGAGGACUGUCUGUCAUGCAGCUGUGUGAACGGGAGGAAACUGUGCCGGCUGAGGUGCCCUCCACUGUACUGUGAUGAGGGGGAGGUGAAGGUGGAAGAACCAGGCAGCUGCUGCCCCGUGUGUAGAAAGCAGUUUCCAGGUGAGCCUGUGCAAGAGUGUCAUCGCUAUGUGCAGGUCCGCAACAUCACCAAGGGAGACUGUCGACUUGACAAUGUGGAGGUCAGCUUCUGCAGGGGACGCUGCCUGUCCAGGACUGAUGUCAUCCUGGAGGAGCCGUAUCUCCAGUCGGUGUGUGAGUGCUGCAGCUACCGCCUGGACCCGAACACCCCGGUGCGCUUCCUCAGCCUGCAGUGCGAGAGCGGAGAGAGCGAGCCGGUUGUCCUGCCAGUCAUACACAGCUGCGAGUGCACUAGCUGCCAAGGAGGCGAUCUGUCCCGACGCUGAGCGAGUCUGUCAGACGCGUCUGCGAAUGCACUGCAGAGAGAACAGCGUGAAGUCCGAAGCACGAAGGAGCACCUCGCUAAAAGCCAGCUGGGUGAUAGAUGGAGGAUUUUGGGUGGACGGAUGGACGAGUGGAAAAAGUCCCUGCUGAUAAACACAGUGCUCUGUAGUGCUCAGUCAUCAAAUGACUGAAUCUUACUGCUGAUCGUAUAUUUCUUACAUAUUCUGCAGCCUGUACAUUCUACUGUGUAUUUAUAGA